GGAGUUUUGAUUGGUUGGAGGUGAAGAAAGAGAUGUAUGUAAAGAGCACAGGUGGAAGCCUUUUCAUCGAAUCAUCAGAGUCCAUAAAGAAAGUGCUCGCUCUGUCAGGAUCUCCAGAAUGAUGAAUCUCUGUGUUUUCCUCGUGCUGCUCCUCCUGGGGACGUGCUCAGCUAGCCCUUAUGAAAAUCUGGCUCUGCGUGGAAAAGCGACUCAGUCCGACCGUUAUGAUCACGCAUUUGCAGCUGCCUACAAUGCCAUAGAUGGAAACCGUGACUCCAACUUCCACGAUGGAUCAUGCACCCACACAAGUGGAAAGUCCGACCCCUGGUGGAGAGUGGACCUGCUGGACUCCUACAUCAUCACCUCCAUCACCAUCUAUAACAGAGGAGACUGCUGUCAGGAAAGGAUCAACGGGCUGAGGAUCCACAUCGGCAACUCUUUGGACAACAAUGGUUUGAAUAACCCAUUGGUUGGUCAAAUUGUUGACCUUCAUGGCAAGCCAACCUUCACCAAGACCUUCAGUCCUCAUGUGAAGGGACGUUAUGUGACUUUGCUUCUACCUGGUUCAAAUAAGUACCUCACACUCUGUGAAGUGGAAGUCAACGGGUACCGUGCCAAAACUGGUGAGAACUUGAGCUUUUACGUAAAUAAAUGUGAACACUAUGCAGAAAGUCUCACUUUAUCUAAAGGCAAGACAUUAUGAUAGAAACAAUUACAUGAAUGAUAAGAAUCGUAUUAUGAAGGGUGGUUAAUCCUGCCUUCUUAUAAGAGUCAUAGGAGAAUUAAUAAAACCUACAACAUGUCAUGGUUUUGUUGUCAUGAUAACCUCAAAGAGGUCCAGGUCUCAAUGCUGAUUUUUGUGUUUCAUUGUCAGGAGGGAACUAGGCCCUCUAAGAAACCUCCACACUCCCUGUUUGACUUUGGCCUUGCAAACAACACCAUCGAUGGGAAUGAUGACCGCAAGUGAACACGGCCCCUGAGUUCCUGAGUCUGUGUGAGGUGGAGGUGUACGGCUCUCGUCUGGAUUAGGUCUUGUCUUGUGAUAUGAUGUAGUUACUAGUGGCACAAUUUGUGUCCAAAGUCACAUCGAUUACAAUGAAACCAUUAAAUUGAAUUAAAUCAGCAUCAAAAAAAA